GCGUGGGGCUCUCUGCACUGUUCUGCAGCAGAACCCGGAGGCGCUUGAUCGGCCACGGCUGCUGGUGCAGGCCAUGGACGCACUGGCCAAGACUCAGAGUGCUGAGGAAGGUCUUAUGAAGGCCAUCAGCAAGCAGAUCGUCUACCACAUGGUGGACUUCAGUGUGAAGGACUUGGCUAUCACAGCGAAUGCAUGCCAGCGAAUGCUUGUGAAAGACGGCGCCAUUCUGGAAUCUUUGGUGCGACAG